AUGAGAAUCAUCCUCAGCAGCAUCAACAACGCUCCUGCUGCUGUUGCUGCUCUCAUCUCGGACUUGUCUGCUGCAGUCCAGGCCCUCAAGGCCGAAGUCCACAUCGGCGCGGAGGCCUGCAGCAGGCGCUGGGCCGACUGGCUGCAGGAGACUGCCCGCGAGGAGGCCAGGGCCCCGCAGCAGCAGCAGCAGCAGCAGCAGCAGCAGCAGCGCAUGCCUCUCACCCACGUGGUCAAAAACGCGGGAGAAGCCCACAGGGCGCUUCUGAAGAUCGUCGGCGAUGCGCCGCACUUGGAGAUUCUGAAGAAGCUCGUGUCUGUGGGGGGCUCCAUUGUCGAGCAGAUUCGGCAGCAGCAGCAGCAGCAGCAGCAGCAGCAGCAGGGGCAGCCGCAGCAGCCGCAGGACGGGCAGUACGCACUGCAACAGCAGCAGCAAGGCCCCCUGCGAGCGCCGCAACAACAGCUGCAGCUGCAGCUGCAGCUGCAGCAGCAGCAGCAGCAGCUACAGUGGCAGCCAUUCCAACAGCAGCCAUCACCGCAGCAGCAGCCGCGGGGGCAGUCGCUGCUGCAGACGACGCUGCAGCAGCAACGGAAGUCAAUUACGCAGCAGUCAAUGCCGCAGCAGCCAACGCAGCAGCAGCCAACGCAGCAGCAGCCAACGCAGCAGCAGCCAACGCAGCAACAGCCAACGCAGCAGCAGCCAACGCAGCAGCAGCCAACGCAGCAGCAGCAGCAGCGGCGGUCACUGCACCAACCAACCGCGCAGCAGCAACAGCAGCGGCAGCUGCCGCAGCAGCAGCCCGCACCGACACCACUGCAGGAGCUGCAACGGCGGUGGCAGCAGAUGCAGCAGGGGCAGCAGAUGCAGCAGGGGCAGCAGGGGCAGCAGCAGCAGCAGCAGCAGCAGGAGCAGGAGCAGGAGCAGGAGCAGCAGGAGCAGCCGCAGCAGCAGCAGCAGCAACAGCAGCAGCAGCAGCGGCGGCGUCAUCCAACCCUGGCAGAGGAUGUGUGGCCACAAGAGAAGGCAGCGUUAGUAGCAGCUGCAGCUGGAGCAGCAGAGGCAGCAGCAGCCACUGCAGCGGCAGCCGGAGCAGCAGGACAGGAGCAGCAGGGGCCCCUGCUGGAGCAGCAAAGGCAGCAGCAGCCACUGAGGAAGCAGCAGCAGGGUCCCGUGCAGCAGCAGCAAUGGCGGCUGCAGCGGGGCCGCAGCCCUGCAGCAGCAGCAGCAGCAGCAGCAGCGGCCGACGCCACAGCAGGGAGAGCAGCAGCCGCUGCAGCAGCGGCAGCAGCAGGUAGCGCCUGCAGCAGCAGCAGCAGCAGCAAGUUCAGCAGCUCUGGAGGGAGGAGAUGUGGGGGGCCAAAAGGGCCAGUGAGGUCUCUCUCAGCGAGGCACAGAGAAAGAUAG